CUAAAUUUUGUUUGUCCAGAUCUGAUGAACUGCCGUGAACUCAGACGGACAUAUACUCUACCGUCUCCGAAGGCAGUGUAUAGGAUAUCAGGCAUUGCCACUAUACAUGAAUCUCAGUAAUGCACGGUGCUGUCAGACGGUGUGCACCGUUAAACUGUAGUAGCGUGGGUAGCUUAGUAUUUGCUCGAAAUUCGAAUGUGUAGUAGAGCCUCCCAUUUUGUAAACAAUCGCAAGAAUAAUGAAUUUGAUGCUUACUCCAAUACGCGUGUAGAAAAAAUAUAUUCAGUUAUCUGAUGGUUCUAACAGUUGAUUAGUGCAUUUGGCGUGCUGCGGUAUUGAAGUUACAAACAAGACGCACAGAACAGCUGAUUUCUAAACAAAGAAAAGUGUUUCAAUGCGAGGCCAAUUGCAGAAUACGCAAUAUUAUUAAUAAUGGCUUGAAAGUAAUCAAGAAAAGAUGGAGGAAAAUAUAUAUGCAAAUAUCCUUUUAAAAUUAUCAAAGGAUAUAGUAAAUGACCUAGAUGUACGUAAUGGAGUCAUUGAUUACUUAAAGUCAAGACAUAUUUUUAAUGCUCAAGAAAUUGAAAGAAUUAAGUCUGGAGGUAGUAAGCAAGAGCAGGCAUUGAUCUUAUUACAAAUAUUGCCUCGCACUCCUCAUGCUUUUUAUGCAUUUCGAGAUGCCCUACAACAUCAUUAUAGGUGGCUGACCUAUAGCAUCGACAGUCUGUUAUUAGAGCAUCAUAAAAUAUCACAAAGUGAUACAUACCAUAACUCAGAAUCAGCUACGCUGCCACCAAUUUCACCAUUGACAGUUACCAGGGAACAAGAGAUGUUAAAGUUACAAAAUGAGUUGGAAAAAAUAGAGCCAAUGGGGUAUAUCCUGUUACAUGGCAUGAAAGGAUUUGGAAAAUCAUCUUUAAUUGCCAAUACUCUUCAAGAUACGAAAUUAGUGGAGACUUUGUUCAAUAAUGAAUUUUAUUGGAUUAAAUUUGGUUAUGAACGUUCCACUGACGAAGAAAUACUAACGCAAUUAAGCUUUUUGUAUGAACAUAUUCCUAAAUCCGAAACUGCUUCCGAUACUUUAAAAUCAGAAUGCCAUUAUUUCAUGCAAUAUCUUAAAAAGUAUUUCGGAAGUAAAAAGCAUCGCAAUGCUUUAUUAAUUCUGGACGAUGUUUGUAAAAAAGAAUUUAUUGACGCAUUUGAUUUUGGCUGCAAAACCUUAGUGGUCACUGCAGAUAAGGACGUUCUCGAAGGAAAACGUUAUUCUCGCAUAGAGAUGAAUGAUGGAUUUACAGAAGAGCAAACUUUGGGUCUCUUUGCUAAAGUACUUGAUACUACAGUACAGAAGCUUCCAGUAGAAGCAAAUAAAAUUCACGAAGAGUGCAAAGGCAUGCCUUUACUCAUAGCUAUGUUAUCUGCACAAUUUGAAGAAUUUAAAGAUGAUUUAAACAAUAGUUCGGCUAGAUGGAGAUAUUAUCUUCGUUUAUUGCGACAAAAGGAUUCAUCAAACGAGGUCAUCAAAAUGUUUUUGAAGAAACAGAAGAAUAUUUUUGACAUGUGCAUUAAUAAGCUGCAGGAUCAAGUGAAAAAAUAUUAUAUGCAAUUAGCAAUUUUCAAUGAUGGUGUUAAUAUAAUGCCUAAGACUCUUGCAAUCCUUUGGAAUUGCCACAAGUUUGCAGUGGACGAGAAAAUGAUAGCACUUAGCAAUAAAUCCCUUGCAGUUAGAAGUUGGAAUUCAAACUUUGAGUGCUACGUAUAUGGCGUGCACGACUUACUACUUUGUCACCUGCGAAACAACUUGCUAACACCUCAGGAACUGAAAAGCAUGCAUCGAUCGUUUAUUGAACAAUAUCGCACAAUGUGUCGUGAUGAUUAUUCAAAAUUGCCAAAGGACAACUACAGUUAUUCAUACAUUGGUCAUCAUUUAGAAUUGGCUGAAUUGUAUGAUGAAUUUCCAAAAUUAUACUUGGACCUUAACUUUAUUCAAGCCAAAAUAGAUGAAGCAGGUCUAAGCGACACAUUGAUAGAUUUGAAACGGUACAGAAAGUACAUAACGAACAACGGCAACGAAGAAUUAGAAAAAAAGAUCUCCGAUUUAGAAAGGUUUUUAAACGAACAAGCUUACGUACUGGCAGCAUCCAGACGUAAAGGAUCUCUCGAUAUAAUUCAAACUGCCUUGAACUAUUCUUACCAAGGUUUCAUAACAGAAGAGGCUCAGAAGCUGGCUAAUCAACGAAAUGAAAAGUUAUAUUUCUCAAAUACCAAACAAAAAUAUAAUAUACGGGCACAUGACAGUACAGGACCUGUAUCAUUGAAUCAUGAAUUUUACAUUGAGAUAUCAACAAUCAGCUUCACUGAUGAUCCAAAUAAAAUUUUGCUCGGUAAUGACUUAGGCGAAGUUAUUCUGUUUGAUCUUGAGAGCCACAAUCAGAGAAUAUUUUCUGGAUUUGACAUUAGGGACUCUAUUAAAAAUAUAAUCGUCUCAGAUACAGACCUUUUUCUUGCCAUAAGCGACAGUGGUACUUUAAAAGUAUUUAGUUUAACGAAAGACGAGUAUGUGAUGACUCCAGAUGAAAACUAUAUAGAGCCGCUGAGUCCUAGACAGAAACAGGUCGACUGGACUCCCAUGUUCAUGCCAAAGCCUUCGCGGGAUGACAGUACUAUGACAGUUAGCAUACCCAAUGAAAAGAUAAUGGAUGCUGUGUUCCUGCAUGAUGACAAGUAUGUUGCAGCGUGUACCGAUAAAGGAAGGGUCAACGUGUGGAAUCGUAGCGGCGAUAUUCUAUCAGAAUGUAAUCCUAACCAAACUUGUUUCCAAAGUAUUACUGCCACUGGAAGAGAUGUUUUAUUGCAUACUAUUGAUGUUACAAAAAGUACCAUAGUUACCUAUCUUAAGGAUGAGACAAAGUAUUCCUAUCUAACGCAGUACAAUGCAAGAUAUAAUAAGAAUUUGCAACAAGAGAGCAAGAUUAUUCUUUUCCAACACGUGCCAUUGAACGAUUAUGCUUUGAUUCUUGUAACUCAACAUCAGGCCAUAUACAUAAAAUUUGGUUGGUCCCCCGAUCGUGAGCAGGCGUUCAAUUUCAUGCGCCAAGAAAGGGCUAAAGUCACAGAGCAGGGUGUAGUCUUUACUUGUGCUGCUGUAAUGCAUGAUGGACAGUAUCUGGUCAUUGGAGAUUCUAAUGGUUUUGUAAACAUUUUUAAAGCCGAUGCUUAUCAACUUAUAACUAGAUACAAAGGCCAUGUUACUUCUUUGGACACAUAUUGGAUGAAUGAUGAAGGAUAUCAUCUCAUUUGCGGUACAGAGGGUAAAUUGAUUCGCAGAUGGAAAUUUGAUUUGGAAUCCUCAAUUCCGGCAGGGGCACCUGCCUUCGAUGCUUUUAUGACAUCAUUUGGGGAAAGCAAUACGAUUGCUGUUGAAACUUGGCCAGACACAAUUACAAUAUAUCAGGAUAACAACAUGAUAGCUUGUUCGAAGCGUGGUGAUUCUAAGAUUAUAAAUCUUAGUUUUGAUUCAACUGGGACAAGAAUUGUAUAUGUCACUGAAAAAGGCACGGUUACUCUAUUCAAUAUAGAGGAACAAACGACGAUCCAAAUAAUGAAAUUGCACGAACCAACAACCUUUUUAAAGUGGUUGGAUAUGCCUCAAGGCGAUAUGAUAGUGUGCAUGCAAGAUGAUGAGAAUUUAAAAGUAUGGAUUGAUUGCGACAACGUCUUUAUAGUCGAAAAUACGGGGAAUAUAAUUUCGAUGCACAAAUUAAAUGAUAAGCAAGUUCUCACUAUAUCCCAAACAGGAUUAAUAAAACUUUGGCUUAUCCGGGAUGCUGACUGGAGACGAAUUGCAAUUACACAAUGUGAUAAUGGCACUGCAGAGAUACUAUAUACUUCGUUAAGCUUUCAGAAAACAUUAUUGUCAGUAUUAAUGUCAAAUUACAAAUUUGAAUUAUAUGCUAUUCAAAAAGAUAGUACGACGAUGCCUGAACAAAUACGAUUGACACGUGUUGUAUGCGAGGUUGACCUGGGCUAUCGUUACGGUUUAACAUGUUGUAGUUUUUCACACGAUGAUAAAUAUUUAGCGGUUGGUCUUAGCAACGGUGACGUAAGAAUUAUAUCCAUGCAAGGAAUGGUUGAGCUGGAUAAUCUUUCACUCCACAAUAACGCAAUAAGUCAACUCUACUGGGCUCCUGGAACAAUUGAUGAACCAAUCCUACUUUCAGUAAAUCGAGAUGAGCUGGCGUGGUGGAAUUUACGUCUUUUAAAUCAACCUAAAGUGAUUAAAAGGAGUCGCAAAGGUAUUGUCCAGAGCAAUAGUAAUCCAAAUAUGAGUACCAGUCCAAGAUCAAGUUGGGGUAUUCAACCCAGUCACAGUGCAGAUUUUACUCCUUAUAACCAAAUUGAACAACAAAAGUUGGAAGCUUCAAAAUCCGAAUCCAGUUCUACGAUCGUUAAGAAUGGCAAUAGCCAUGACGUUAAUAAAUAUUGGAAAUGCAAAAAAGCUAGAUGUCUAAAUAGACCAGCAUUAUUAGGUGUCAUUACAUUGUCACCAAACUAUAUUGAUAAAGUAUGCGUGUCCAGUGAUUUUAGUAAUUUUUUAAUGUUGGACACCCAUGGAAUGGUCAGUAAUUUCUCGUUAUUCAAUUAUGAUUAACAAUGUAUUCUCUAUUGACACUCUAAUGGAUGUUAUUACCUAAUAAGCGAAGCCUAAUUUGAGAUGCAAAAGAGUUGAAACAAAGGAGUAGAUAAGUUUUUAUGCUAUUGGCAGUGAUUAUAGAUAUACAUUAGAUGAAUUUUUUUUAUAAUAUCAUAAUGGUAAUUGCUGCCAAAAGAUUUUAGGGAUGAAUUUAAAUAGCUCAAGUAAAAUUUCCAUUUAUUACUGAUUUUGCUCAAGUCGGUACGAUCAAAUGACAGGAAAUAAGAUGAAAUAUUGAAAUUAUGGCCUUUUUUGCAUUUACAUGAAGAAUUUUUCUGUUCCGUCGAAAUACUAUGGUUCCUACACUUCACUGAUAACUAUUAAGCUUGAUAUGAGCAUUUGUUUUACAAAAUUUUACACCGUAACAAUGACAAGUACGAGUGUACAAUGAAAAGACUUUACUUUUCGAAAAAAAUAAGAUGACAAUAUUGUAUCGUUAAUGGUAAGACUAGUAAAUCCGUUUGUGCCAUUCUCAUAAUUCAUAAUUCAUUUUCUUUUGAUGUUGCAUAAUACUGACGUGAGUGAAAAAUUAUAAUGAUUAAUCGACAUAUAUAUUAAUAUAGUUUCGAGCGAUACGUGCUAUUGAUUCAGUCUACGUUGACAUUCCUGAACGAUUGCAAUAUUGUCCAAAUUUAUGGCGCUAUUUUAUUUGCUUAUAUUUUAAUCGUAUUCGUUUUAAUAAUUUCAAUGAAAAUUAUUCUGUCGUAUAUAUGAUGGACGUUUUCUAUAUUUUGUGUCACAUCACUAUGGGCGAAAAACAAUGUUAUUAAUUUAUUUUUAUUAUACACUCUGUUUUAAAGUUUUUGAAUACUUUGGGUAUAUUAUACCGAAAUUUUGAUACAUCUUGAAAUCACUGUAUAGGUAAAACUACCUAUUGCCAUUGCGACCUGAGUGUAGAUUUAUCAAAUUUUAAAACGUAUUAAAUACCCCCAUAUUUAUCUAAUAAAUAUUUUUAAGCAUGCUCAUAAAUACAGAGCAAUAUGUAAUGUUUUGAGUAUGUUUUGCAAGUGCUGAAAGAGAAAUUGAAUAAUAUCAACGUGCUAUAUCUUUUAAAUUUGUAUAAGAAUCAUUUUCUCUAUGUUUAAAUCAGCCUACGAGAAAAUACGGUGAAUCAUCGGUGCACUCUGUACGAAUGUGUGUGAAUAUGCAAUUCUAAAAUGUGCCUUUUACGAGCAUAGCGAUGAAAGAGUAGAAAAUUGUAGUCGAAGGUAAACAUGGGUCACAAUUUUAUAAUUUCAUAAUAUUUUUAUGUGACUAUUAUGUUUGUCUUUCAUGUCACGUUACCGAACUUCUACAGUCAUAGUACAAGCAGGAUUUAUUUAUUUUAAUUGCUCAAUAGCUCACUCUUUUUAGCUGCAUUUACUUGUAGUAUGUUACACCACAGUACUACUACAGUGUGCAUAUUCUUCCGAAUUAUGAUAAAUUCAAUUUUAUUUUAGAUAAUGAAUUUUUUUAUGUACUAGAUUACUUUCCUGAUCUCAUUUUGUACUCGUGUUUCCAAUUCUCUAUAAAAGUCUUCGUAAUUGCAAUAAUAAGCAACGAAACUUAUCGCUAGCCAUUUUUAUACGAUGAAAGAAGUAACAAAAAUUUUUAAAAAUAUUAAUAUAUAUAUAUUCGUUAUACGUAUAGCUGGGUUGCGAGAUCAGUGUGUUUUUAAGGCUUAUCUCCGUAACGGUUAUUAUCGUAAAAAGAUCUCUUGAAUGAGACACUGAUGUCACCGCACAACUAUAGUUAAUAUAAUUCAUAAUAUCAUUAUACGCAGUUUAGCAUAACUGAGAUUUUUAUGUGAGAAACAAUGAUGAGGAAUAUACUUAUUGAUGUAUUCGCUAUAUAUUGUGUAAUAUAGCGGACGAUAGUAAACCAUAAUAAUAUGUGAAAUAUUAUGCAUUUAUUUCACCAUAAUAUUUGUAUCUUUUAUACUUUUGUUACUGUUACACAAUUAUGGCCUGGCUAAAGAUGUUUCAUUUUGAAGGGCCAACUCCUUGUGACUAAUAACAAAAAAGAGUCCCCUCAAUAUGGAACUAAUGCCACGGGUCAAUAAUAUAAUAAAAAGCAUAUACGUAUGUACAUAAACAAA